AUGAGAACCACUGAAUAUACAUAUAAUAAAUACAAUAUAUUGGCGGGAUAAGAUUUAAAAGAAAUAAUUAAUUUGAAAAAAAAUUUUUUACAAAUAUGGAGAUGUGUGAUGUUUUACAGAACGUUAUUAAUAAUGAAAAAGAUUUAGAAGAAAAGCAAGUACCUGUAAGUGAAGUGAAAAACAGAUUAAAAAAACAAAUAGAACAAUUGAAAUCUAUAAUUUUACAAAUUGAGUGGAGUUUGGAUAUAUUAAAAUUUAAAAAUACUAAAUGUAUUUUUCGUUCAAAUCUUGCUAAUAAUUUAAGUGACAAUAAAAUUCCAAAUGUCAAUUUACAAUUGAAAUCUGAAUUAUAUAGAUAUUCUGGUUUUUACUGUGUCAAGUUUUCAGAAGAAGAAUAUAUAUUUAAUUUUUCACCUUUAAAUAAGUAUGACAGAAAAAAUAUUUUUGCUGUACAAAUAUUAAAUGAUCAAAAAAAAGGAAUUUUAGGAAAAUGGAUAAUGCCAAUGAGUAUUGAUUUAAAUGAUUUAACAUCUGAUUUUCCUAUCACUGAGUUAAGAAAAAUACCACAUUUCUUAAAAAUUUGUAAACAACAUAUAGAUUCUUAUUUUAUACGACAAACACAAUAUAAUGCAUUGAUGGAUAUUGUUUCUCACACGAAAAAUAGUAAUUUACAAUCUAAUUUAGGAUAUACACAAAUUAGCUUAGAACUGAUGGGCCUAUAUUAUAAAAAUACUGAUUCAUACAUAAAUAUAAUUAUAUAUCUCUUAUAUAAUAUCAGUGAAGCUAGACCACAUAAAAUUGAAGUAAAUUCAAUAACACAAGAUGAAUUAGACCAAAAUAUAAAAAAGCAUUUACAAAAAUCUUUGGUAUGUUUUAAACAAUUUGAUUUGCAUAAAGCAUUUGAGAAUAUGUUAAAUUUGGAAGCAUUUAAAUGGACAAAAGAAAAUACUGAAGACAGUCCAUUGGAAGUUAAUAAUUUAAGUAAUUCAGAUGAAGAAGGAUUUUUAGGCAUAUAUUCAAUUACACAAAAGAAAUCUUUGAUACAUAAAAGAAGAAAAAAGAGAAAAAAACAAAUAGAGGAAGAAAAUUUCAAUAACAUUUUAAAUUUAUAUAAAAAAAGUAAAGAAAAUCCUAUUCAAAAUAAAGAGCAAAUAUCACAAAAUAUUAAACAACGAAAUAUCGAUGUCAUAAAAUUGACACCAAAAUUAACUCACUUUAAAGAAAAAAGAUUAAAACAGACAAAAUUGAAAUUUCAUUUGAAUAAUUCAGAAAAUGAAUCUUCUGAUACAAUUGCAUUUAAACAUAUAAAUAAAAAACUAAUUAAACCAUUAACUAGUACUCCAAUACAUCAAAAUAAACAAAAUUCUUCUGACUCCAUCACAUCAACUAGUAUUAGUGAUAUUACAAUAACUAAAAAUAAUUCAGAUAUUGAUAGAAAAUGAAAGAAAUCGAUUUUAAAAUACACUUAGAAAAUUAUUGA